AUGGCUACCAACGCUUCCACUCUCUCUCUUUCCUUCGCCACAGCCUCUUCUUCUUCCUCGUCACUCAACCAUAAUAACCUGCUACUUCGUAUCUCAAAACGAUUCGUUUCAUUCUCUACGCUGCCUUAUCUUGUUGCUGGUUAUAGUUCCAAGCCCAGGGUUUCCACUCCCUUUGUCUUAGCGGUUGUCGUCAAUGGCCAAACCACAAUCGUCGAUGGAGAAGAAAACGACAAAGAAAAACCACGGAAGCUCGGAAAUCCUACUCAGAUUUACGUUUGCAACCUUCCUAGAAGCUGUGACACUCAGCAACUAACUCACAUCUUCACUCCUCACGGAACCGUUCUAUCUGCAGAGAUUUGUAGGAAUGCUGAGUCAGGUGAGAGUAAAGGGAGUGCUUAUGUAACGAUGGGAUCUUAUAAUGCUGCUAAAAAUGCAAUUGAUGCAUUGGAUGGAUUGGAUGUUGGUGGACGCGAAGUGCGGGUUAAAUUUUCAGUUCAGAUGAAUACUAAGAAGAAGAGUUUAGAGACUUUACCUCCCGUGAAAACUUUAUACUAUGAAGGUCCUUAUAAGGUGUAUGUUGGGAAUCUUGCUAGGUCUACUACACCUGAAGAUUUGAGAAAUCUCUUUGGUAAAUUUGGAAAUGUCGCUAGUGUGAGGGUGUUGCAAGAUUUGAAACAGGGGAAAAUUCGUCUCUACGCCUUUGUAUCUUAUCUUUCUCAGACAGAAUGUGAUGCCUCGAUGUCCCUCAAUGGAACUGAAUUUCGUAGUCGAAAUCUAGUGGUUAGAGCGACUGUGGAGAGGACCGAGACCUAA